AUGAAUAAUGUAAUAUAUUAUUUUAAUGGGACAUUAGCUAAGUUAACCAAUUUCGAAUCUAAUUGUCGAGAGAAAUUAACUUUAAUUCGUUUCCUUUAUCUUAAAACACAUUCCGCUGAGAUUUUCCAGGAAGAAAAGGAAAGAGAAUAUGCUAUGAGGGAACAAGAAGAAUAUGAAAGACAAGAAUUAGAGUCCGAGAGUAAUGAAUUAACAUUAAAGCAUGUUAUACUAUUAAAGAUGGUACAUUUAGUAGAUUAUUCCUGGUAUAAAGUUGAACAACAAGAAGUUCAUGAAGUCGAAUCAGAAGAACAAGAUCAACCUUACCUUCGGCCAGGGCUCUAUAUAUGA